ACAUGUGGGUGUGUGUGUGUGUGUGUGUGUGGAGGCUGGACUUUGUUCUCAGCUAUUUCUAGUGUAUGAGUUUAUCACUGACACAAUCAUUUUCAGAAGGAAAAGCCUCCUCUGAAGCUGUGCAGCUGCUAUGUGAGGCCAUUAAUGUUAAAAUAUUAUUAUAAUAUAUAAAUAAUAAUAAUAUUUUUUUCUUAUUUCUUUCAAAGGUAGAGGCUCAGUGGAGGUCUUUUUCUUUUUGAGAGGCAGCCAUGAUCAGUCGUAACUUUAAGAAUGUGUUGGUGGUCUCUGUCGGUUUUCUGUUUCUGUUCACGGCUUACGGAGGCCUGCAGAGUUUACAGAGCAGUCUGAAUGCAGAGCAGGGGAUGGGUGUGGCGUCUCUCAGCGUCAUCUACGCCUCCAUCAUCGUCUCCUCCAUGUUCCUGCCUCCCAUCAUGAUCAAAAAUCUGGGCUGUAAAUGGACCAUUGUUGUUGGCAUGGCCUGCUACGUGUCCUACUCCUUUGGAAACCUCUACCCUGGAUGGUACACCCUCAUUCCAACCUCAGUGAUCCUGGGUUUGGGUGGCUCUCCUCUGUGGUCGGCUAAAUGCACCUACCUGACCAUCUCCGGUAAUACGCAGGCGGCCAGGGAGGGCAAAAAGGGCUCUGAUGUCAUCAACCAAUACUUUGGCAUCUUCUUUUUCAUCUUUCAGUCAUCUGCUGUUUGGGGAAACCUCAUGUCGUCGCUCAUCUUUGGACAGGACACCAACGUAGCUAACAUCACAGCCGAGCAGCUGCAGUCCUGUGGAGUGGCUGAUUGCGGCCUCAAUAUCAGCGUCAACAGCACCACCACCAGACCUGCUCAGCAACUAGUGUGGACACUCGUUGGAUGCUACAUUGGAGUGGGUGUGCUGGCCAUGCUCAUUUUGAUAGUGUUUCUGGACAACAUCGACCAGGAGCAGGCCAGCCAGUUUCGUGAGAACCGGGAGCCGUUUUGCCACACCUUCCUGGCCACGUUCAGACUGCUGAAGGACUGGAGGCUGGUGACCCUCAUCCCUCUCACCAUGUACAGCGGCUUUGAACAGAGCUUCCUCUCUGGGGAGUUCACCAAGAACUAUGUGACGUGUGCUUUGGGAAUCCAUUUUGUUGGCUUUGCGAUGAUGUGUUUUGGAGCCUCUAAUUCUCUUUGCUCCUUUGUCUUUGGGAGACUCGCUCGGUACACUGGGAGGGCCACACUCUUCUUCCUGGCUGCACUGGCCAACUUUUCCUGUAUCAUUGCUCUCUUGUUCUGGAGGCCUCAUCCUGACCAGCUAGCUGUCUUCUUUGUAUUUCCCGCUCUGUGGGGUAUGGCAGACGCUAUCUGGCAAACUCAGACCAAUGCUCUUUAUGGCGUCCUUUUCCCCCGGGACAAAGAGGCAGCAUUUGCCAACUACCGUAUGUGGGAGUCACUCGGUUUCGUUAUCGCCUUUGCCUACAGCACCUUCUUAUGCCUGGAGUAUAAACUGUACAUCCUGCUGGCUGUUCUGCUGGUGACCGUUGUCACUUACCCCAUAGUGGAGUACUACGAACACAAGAAUCCCACACCGCCUGUUGAGGAGGGGACCUACCUAAGUCACAAGGAAAUCUUUAAAACAGAUGAGAACAAGAUCAUUUGCCAGACAGAGAUGUAGAGACCGAAUUUCAAGUGUUUUAAUUUUAAUAAUUUUUUUUUUUAGUCCUGCUCUCACAGCAAAUCAGGUGACAAGGAAAAUUAUCACCACGCUCAACGCUGGAACUAUAAUACUGCAUAUUUGACUUGAUGAUGAGUCUGUAGCUUUUUUUGGGUGAAAUAUUUUGUAUUGUCAUUUAUCCCUGUGAAGCUUAAAAUGCAAGUAUACAAGUAAGUAUACAGAUUAUGGGCGAGGAAAACUAGGACCUCACAAUUGCAAGUAAAUGUGUUGUUUGUCGUGUCGUUUGCCUUUUUACAGUGUUGAAGGGCUGUUGUAUCUGGAUGUGUCCAAUUAUCACACCAACAUCUUUUCUACUACAAAGCAGUGUUGAUUCCCAUUUUUAUAAAUGUUACUCUACCGUAACUACACAUCUAACUGAAAUGAUAUACUGUAAAGUUUAAGAGCUGAAAACUGCAAAGUACAAAAUAAAUGUUUUAAUAUUGUAA